AUGCCAGCGAUUACCAAAGUUCCAGAGAACCUGCUGCCCUUUGCGGUGCAGUGCAGGAACCUCACUGUGUCCAAUACACGAACAGUUCUCCUCACCCCAGAGAUCUAUGUUGACCAAAACAUCCAUGAGCAGCUGGUAGAUUUAAUGUUGGAAGCCAUCCAAGGAGCCCAUUUUGAAGAUGUAACUGAGUUUCUAGAAGAGGUCAUUGAAGCCUUGACAUUGGAUGAGGAAGUGCGAACAUUUCCAGAAGUCAUGAUUCCAGUGUUUGAUAUUUUAUUGGGCCGAAUAAAAGAUCUAGAACUCUGCCAGAUCCUGUUGUAUGCAUAUCUGGAUAUUCUUCUUUAUUUCACUAGGCAAAAGGAUAUGGCAAAGGUUUUUGUAGAGUGCAUUCAGCCCAAGGACCCUAGCAAUGGGCAGAUGUAUCAGAAGACCUUGCUGGGAGUAAUCCUGAAUAUCUCCUGUUUAUUAAAGACUCCGGGUGUAGUAGAAAAUCAUGGCUACUUCUUGAAUCCAUCUCGUUCCAGUCCCCAGGAGAUAAAAGUACAAGAGGCCAACAUCCAUCAGUUCAUGGCUCAGUUCCAUGAAAAGAUCUACCAGAUGCUGAAGAACUUACUCCAGCUCUCUCCAGAAACCAAACACUGUAUCUUGUCCUGGCUUGGAAACUGUUUGCAUGCAAAUGCAGGCCGCACCAAGAUUUGGGCCAAUCAGAUGCCAGAAAUCUUCUUCCAAAUGUAUGCCUCGGAUGCCUUCUUUCUGAAUCUGGGUGCUGCUCUCCUGAAGCUAUGCCAGCCAUUUUGCAAACCCAGAUCCUCUCGGCUCCUCACCUUUAAUCCCACUUACUGUGCCCUGAAGGAGUUGAAUGAUGAAGAACGAAAAAUUAAAAAUGUACACAUGAGAGACCAGGAGAAUAACAACAACAUCUCAAGUAACCCCUUUGCUGCUCUUUUUGGCUCCCUGGCUGAUGCCAAGCAGUUUGCAGCAAUCCAAAAAGAGCAGCUGAAGCAGCAAUCUGGACCCAGUCUCUUCUGCUUUCUUUGGGGCAGGUUGCAUGAUCAGAUGGUAAAAAUCAACCAAAAUCUGCAUCGGCUGCAGGUUGCCUGGCGGGAUGCUCAGCAGAGUUCUAGCCCUGCUGCUGACAACCUCCGUGAACAGUUUGAACGACUAAUGACAAUCUAUCUUUCUACCAAGACUGCCAUGACAGAGCCACAGAUGCUACAAAACUGCCUAAAUUUGCAGGUGUCCAUGGCUGUUCUAUUGGUUCAACUGGCCAUAGGCAAUGAGGGCUCACCGCCAAUAGAGCUAACUUUUCCUCUGCCAGAUGGCUACAGUUCUUUGGCUUAUGUACCAGAAUUUUUUGCAGAUAACCUAGGUGAUUGCCUCAUUUUUCUCCGCCGGUUUGCCGAUGACAUCUUGGAGACAUCAGCAGAUUCCCUGGAACAUGUCCUUCACUUUAUCACCAUUUUCACUGGAAGCAUAGAAAGGAUGAAAAAUCCCCACUUAAGGGCCAAACUAGCCGAAGUGUUGGAAGCAGUGAUGCCCCACCUGGAUCAGACCCCAAAUCCCUUGGUAUCCAGUGUAUUCCACCGGAAACGUGUGUUCUGCAAUUUUCCUUAUGCACCCCAGCUUGCAGAAGCACUAAUCAAGGUCUUUGUGGACAUUGAGUUUACAGAUGAGAUUCCCCAAGACCUGGCGCCUAAUCAUGAUGUAAGCUCCGGUUACCCGGCUGAGUCGGAAGUGGGAACUCUUCGGCCGCUGAUAAUCUGUCGUGUGUCGUCGCUGCUGGCCCUUCAGGCUCUGUAUUUGAGCAAGAUAAAGAUUCAACAGAUUGAGAAGGACCGAGGUGAAUGGGAUAGUCUGACUCCAGAAGCCCGCCGAGAGAAGGAAGCUGGCUUACAGAUGUUUGGACAACUGGCACGUUUCCAUAACAUCAUGUCCAAUGAAACAAUCGGUACCCUUGCCUUUCUCACAUCAGAGAUCAAAUCACUCUUUGUGCAUCCUUUCCUGGCUGAGCGCAUCAUCUCCAUGCUGAACUACUUCCUGCAGCACCUGGUUGGCCCCAAAAUGGGGGCCUUAAAAGUCAAGGACUUCAGUGAAUUUGACUUCAAACCCCAGCAACUCGUAUCAGAUAUCUGCACUAUCUACUUAAAUCUUGGGGAUGAGGAGAAUUUCUGUGCCACUGUACCGAAGGAUGGGCGUUCCUAUUCCCCAACUCUCUUUGCACAGACAGUACGAGUCCUGAAGAAGAUAAAUAAACCUGGGAAUAUGAUUGUGGCUUUCAGCAAUCUAGCAGACAAAAUCAAGUCUCUAGCAGACCUCCAGCAACAGGAAGAGGAGACUUAUGCGGAUGCCUGUGAUGAGUUCCUGGAUCCCAUCAUGAGCACACUGAUGUCUGACCCUGUGGUGCUGCCGUCUUCCAGAGUCACUGUGGAUCGAUCCACCAUCGCCAGACAUUUGCUCAGUGACCAAACAGAUCCCUUUAACCGUAGUCCCCUCACCAUGGACCAGAUCCGGCCAAACACAGAACUAAAAGAAAAAAUCCAACGGUGGCUCGCAGAGAGGAAACAACAACAAAAGGGGCAACUUGAAUAAAUACUGUGACCUAAACAAACCAAAAACCAACCCCAGAGAAUAGAUAAACAAUUGUGAUUUCUCUCUGAUUCUGUUCCUUUUUUCCGUUACUAAAUUAAAUUAGAGAACUGCUCUUGCUCAAAUUAUGAUAAUUAAGGUUCUUAAGAACUUUACAAUGCUCUCUUCUUGGCUUGCAGAAAAUUAUAGUUAUAGCAUCACCAAGUUUAGAAAUCAUCACUAAUUUUUACCCUUUGUUCUCUCUUCCUAUUCUUCUUCCUUUUCCUACCUUAAAUUAUAUUAACUUCAACUAAUAAAACUUCUUCCACCCUACUAUUUCUCUUCCAAGAACCACUCAAACAUCUUUGGUGAGCACUGCUUUUAAGUAUAUGAUGUCACAUAUUUCAGUGACAGCUGAUAUCAUCAGAAAGUCCUGUAUUAGCAAGGUAUUUACUAGUCUUCAUGACCAGGACUUCAGCUGUUUGCCUUGUUACAGCUCUACAGAGUAACCUUUUACAUAAAAGCAGAUACCUUGAUGUUUGAGACUUUUGAAUAAGAAGAUAGAUGAAAUGGAAAAAAAAAAAAGGAAUCUUGUGCAAUUCUGUUGACACCUCUUAAUUUUGUGUUAUCUCUUAACUCAAGGAUACCAUGGAGGACAAAUACUGUCCAGUGGGGUUGUCAUUACCACAGAAAACUUAGCCCUGCGAUAUUUUUAGGAGGAUUGACAGGACAGACUUGCAGUUUUGACACUUCAUUCAAAAAAUUCUGAGGUGAAAGAAUAAAGAAGGCUGUUGGGCCCUUUUUAGCGUAUGGAAACCUGUUACAAAGACUAAGCUUGAGUAGAAAAAUUGGGCAACAAAUGUAAGCAGGAAAAAUGUCAUCUUUAAGACACUAAUAGUAUCAACAGUGUGUGUGUGUGUGUGUGUGUGUGUGUGUGUGUGUGUGUGUGUGUGAUUAUUGGUCCAGUGUAAACAGAACCACUUUAAGUUGUCUCUUCCAUGGUAAGAUGUAUGUAGUAUGUGGCCACUAACACAUUUAAUCUAGACAAAAUUCUGAGACUAAAAUGUAUAUAGUUAAUGUUUGGACUUAUGACCUGAAUUCUGAGAGCUGCUUCUAAAACUCAGCCUUAGUUCAUCAAUUAACAAAGUAGGAAUUUGAGCACAACUCUGUCCACAAACUAUUUAAAAUAUCCACUUAGCCCUAAGUAGUUAGGUGGAUGGGCCCCACUUACAAAUUGAGCUUGAGUUCCUUACUCAAUUGUGCAGCUUAACAUGCUGUCCCUCUAAGUCCCAACAAUAAAAGUGACAAGAAAAAUUGGUAUGCUCUAGAAACGGGUCAUUGCUUCAUUUAGAGGACAUUGUUAACCAUGGCAUCUUUCAGAUAAGAUGGUAGUUUUAUGAUAUUCCAAGUUUCUGUGAACAGUCCUUGAUGUGUUUUUGAUGGUAUCAGCUGGAAAACCGCAAAUCAGAGGGCACCCCGCACUAGAUAUAAAGUAGAUGUUGCCUAUUGCCAUGCUUAUAAAUGAAAAAGGAAGUCUAGGACUCUUGCAAAUGCCAGAAUGUAAGAUAUUAAUUCAUUGUGCUCCCUGGGCUUUUGAGGCAUGGGUUGACAGGAUUUGUUUUUCUUAAAAUGAGUUUCAUAUUUAUUCCUUUCUGAGAACGAACUGUUUAUAAAAUAAGUUUCUAGCUACUUGCAUUUAUCUCCCAAACCCAAUCUAAUUAGGUUGUUUUUAUUUGUAAAAGAGGAGGGGAAAGACCAGAGUUUUAUAGGAGAAAAUGGACACAAGACCUCAGAAGGCAGUUGUUCCCAGCAGCUUUCUAGUUAACAACCUCUAUGCUGCCUCUUGUAUCUGUGUCUGAUUUAAUCUUCAGAUUGUAAGCCUUUCCUUGCAAGCCUUUUUUAAAGCCCUUUUCCUGAAUCUCUUUGAAUGGCUAUGGCACCAUUAAUGCUGCUGAGUAUCUUUAAACUCAUCACAAAGCCAAGUGUGUCACUUAAGGCCACUAUUGGAAAGGAAAACAGGUGUCCUCUGUGGCUUUUUUUUUUUUUUUAACGUAAUUUAUGAACAUCCCCCAAAAUUAUCCUCUUGGUACAACACAGUGUGUAUAUGCACUUGGAAGCUUAAAGAGGUGUUUUGUUGUCUGGUACUCAGAGGCAGCCCUAAAUCUAUGAGAGCAGACUUUCUGACAUGCCUAGUUUUAUGUGUUGGCUUUGCUGGAAUAUAAUAGGAAAAUGACUCUUUAAUCAGCUCUAAUAUUGCUUACUAAAAGGGUAAUACUAAACUUGGAAAAUUAAGUAGAUUUUAUCAAGCAAUCUGGGUUUGUUUUUUUAAAUAAAAUUUGUAAUGGAUAUGUAAAAACUGAAAUAACUUAAAAGGUUUUUUUAAUGGUGCGGGUGAAGGUGCCAGUUGCUCUAUGGUAUCACACUCUACAAAAGCUUCAUUACUUUAUUUGAUGCUGGUUGCUAAGCAGCCACUGCACAGAGCAUAAGUCUACUGGGUGCCUUUACCAACCAGAGGCUGAUGCUGCACUGUUGAUGACAUGUGAGGAAAUAAUGCACAUGCUUUAACUGCUAAACAGGAAAAGAACCUAGAAACAAAGAAAAUGAAGAACAAAACAACAAAAAGUUUUGAUUGAAAUAAAACUUGAUCAAUAUAACAUGUAUUUUGAAACAUUCCAGGAAGGUAAUUUCUUGUCAAACUCGCCUGAGGGUGUCUGUUCAAAGCUUGUAUUUAAUAAAUGAACACCUGACUUACAA